AGGUUUCUGUAACGUGGAAGCAAUUUCAGGGACUUCGAAAUCAACAAGUUAUAAAACAGACUUGGAUUCAUGCAUUUCAGCAGCAGGAAAAUGUCAGCCGCGGCUUCUUAGAAAACGAAACUCGCUACUCCUGGAAAAUCUCCGCCCAUAUUUUGACUCUUUCUGGAUCAGCUUGACCGUGUAUUCUUAUGCUUAAAAUCAUUCAUAGAAUCGGAUUCGAUAUCAUAUGUAUACAUGAUAAUAUGCCUCGAGCUGUCGUAGGUUGCUAUGGCACGCCCUGAAUUUAGCGCUAGAAAUAUGUAUGGAUGGUGCCGCUAACCGAAGGUACUUUGAAGGUUGAUAGUCGUAAUCUCCACCCACUGCAGUCACGCUUUUGGCUUAGAUGCAAGAAAUACGCUGGACUUGGUACACGCUGCUGUUGAAUGGUAAAUGUUUGGAAGCAUGGCGGCGCAGGAUUUUAAUAUCCUGCUUGCUAGCGAUUCGUACAAGAUAACACACUACAAGCAGUACCCCCCUGACAUCAGCAAGGUCUACUCGUACUUCGAGUGCCGGAGCCGCAAUGAGGGCCACUUCAAUGAAGUUGUGUUUUUUGGACUGCAAUACCUGCUGAAGAAAUACUUGGCAGGGCCUGUCGUCACAGAAGAUAAGAUUCAAGAGGCAAAAAUCUUCUAUCAGCUGCAUUUCAGACAGCCAGUCUUUGAUGAAGAGGGUUGGAGGAAGAUCUUGGAGAAACACAAUGGCCGUCUUCCCAUCUGCAUCAAGGCGGUUCCCGAGGGGAAGGUCAUUCCACGGGGGAACGUCCUCUUCACUGUUGAAAACACGGACCCGGAUUUUUAUUGGCUCACAAACUACAUAGAGACCAUGCUGGUGCAGAUGUGGUACCCUAUCACUGUGGCCACCAUCUCCCGAGAGUUUAAGAAGAUCCUGGCGAAGCAUCUGAAGGCCACUUCGGGAAGCUUGGAGGGACUGGACUUCAAGAUGCAUGACUUUGGCUACCGAGGAGUCUCGUCACAAGAGUCGGCAGCUCUGGGUGGUGCCGCCCACCUGGUCAACUUCUGCAGCACAGAUACGGUGGCAGGAAUCCAGAUGGUCCGGCGCUAUUACGACUGUGCCAUGGCCGGCUUCUCCAUCCCCGCUGCAGAGCACAGCACCAUCAUCUCCUGGGGCAAGAACCGGGAGAAGGAGGCCUUCGAGAGCCUGCUGGACCAGUUCCCGUCGGGGCCCGUGUCCGUGGUCAGCGACAGCUACGAUAUCUUCAAUGCCUGCAAGCGUAUCUGGGGGGAUGAACUGAAGGAGCGAGUUAUGGAGCGCAGCGCCGACUCAACACUAGUCAUCCGGCCGGACUCGGGAGACGUGGCUGAGACCCUCCUCCAGGUCAUAAAAAUCUUGGAGGACUGCUUUGGAAGCUCUUUGAACUCCAUGGGCUACAAGCUGCUCCCAUCCUGCCUGCGCAUCAUCCAGGGAGAUGGGAUCGACCUUGGCUCUGUGGACGAGAUCCUGAAGAAGCUGAGAGACAAGGGCUGGAGUGCGGAGAAUGUCUUCUUCGGCUGUGGCAGCGCCCUGCUGCAGAAGAUCAACCGGGACACGCUCAACUGUGUCUUCAAGUGCAGCUACGUGGAGACCAACGGGCGAGGGAUGGACGUGUGGAAGCAGCCGGUCACCGACCCAUCCAAAGGCUCCAAGAGAGGUCGCCUGUCGCUCAGGAGAAACUCGGGUGGCUUUAUUGAGACUGUGGAGCGAGGUGCUGGCAAACCGGAGGAGGACCUGCUGGUGACCGUGUUUGAGAAUGGCUCCAUCCUGCAGGAAUACACGCUGGAGGAGAUCCGCAAGAAUGCCCAGCUCUGGCAGGAAGACAUUACCCCAUGCCAGCACAACGAAGAUGACCUGCAGGCGGAGCAACAGCACAUCAUGAAUGCAGUGCACUGAUCCACCUGCAGGAUGAGCUCAACACACUGCCAGUGACCAAUGAGUGCCCUCAAAUUAGCUCUUCUAAAUCAUUUGUAAUCUUUUUUUUUUUUUUUAAGUAGGAAAAUAUCCAGUUUUUUUUCCUAUGCCAUGCCUGCGCUAGGAAAAGAACCUAGCAAACACAUGCUGCCAUGGAUGUUGUCAAGAAAUGUGUUAGAAAUGAGGUUUCACAGGGUGAGGGCUGAUGUUUUCAGGACUGAAACCAAUUAAGAUUCAAAUUCUGUAUGUUUUUUUUUUUAUAAAUGACUUCUCAGUAAAGAUAUAUUAGAUGAAAGCUGUCUAAGCCUUAAAGCAACAUUUUAAAAAUGGAGGGGGGAGGGUGUGUGUGCUUGUGUGUGUGUGUGUGUGUGAGAGAGUGUGUUUUUAAUGAUGACAAUGAGGGUGAAGACUGCCUCCCAGUGGCGGUCUUCAGAGUGUGUUUAGACCACGCAAAGUGGCGUUUUGUCAGGACCGAUUUGGAAACUUCUGGGGUGUGACUUUCCCAUCUUAGAGCUUCAAACCUCAGAUGAAUUUAAUUUAAAAAAAUGCUGUCAGCUAAAGCCAGUCACAUUAAUUGACCUGAUUUGUGCUGAUUGACCUGUAAACUGUCUGCACACUGAACGCGUGUCUUGGGUGGAGUGCAUGUAGAUGUCUUCUAACACUUUGGUUUUUAAAGAAGUUCCAUUUGUUGUUAACCUUGAAGCUGGAUGAAGGUCAUGUUCUCAACUCUACCUCUUAUUAAUUAUUAUUAAUCUUGUUGUUUUAAAUGCAAUCUAACAAUGUACAUGAAAAGAUCAAAACAAUAAAAUCGUAUUAAAUUGUG